GGGUAUCACUGGGUAUAUUAUAGACUCAUAUCGCCGUAGACGCCUGACUCGGUAAAUUAGAACACCUCGGAAGUUGCCCUUUAAACGUUUUAGGAGAGAAGCGCUGAAACAACCAGCAGCAGACUGCAGUGUGGUCGGUGUCUUCCAACGUGUUCAUCAGGCCUCUGGAGUGUCUUGUUGCAGUGGAGGUCGAUUAGGGAAACGCAGCAUUCAGACGGACAGCAGGACAGGCAGCACUCAGGAUGCCUCUGUUCUUCAGGAAGAGGAAGCCCAGUGAGGACUCCCAGAAGAGACUGGAGUAUCAACUGUGCCGGUCUAAGGAAGCAGGUGCUGAUGACAUCCUGGACAUCUCAGCUUGUGAGCUCUCAGAGGUCCCCUCGAGUGCCUUUUCCAUUUGUAAGGUGCUGCAGAAGAAGGUUCUUAUCCUCCAUAACAAUGAGCUGAAGAAUCUGGUGCCCAAAGGGUGUGACAUCAGCUCACUCUCCACUCUAAAGGUUUUGGAUCUGCAUGAGAACAAGCUCACUUCUCUCCCAGAGGACAUUGGGAAGCUGGUGGCACUGCAGAUUCUUAACGUUGAGAAGAACCGCCUGAAGACCCUGCCAGAGUCCAUCGGGAAUCUGCAGCUCCUGCAGACACUCAAUUUGAAGGGAAACAGUCUCAGUGAGCUGCCGUCCUCAGUUGGUUCUUUGAACAGCCUGCGCACCCUGGACGUGAGUGACAACAACAUAGUGCAGCUUCCCAAAGCUCUGGCUUACAUCCGCACGUUAGAGAGCUUUACUCUUGAUGCUGCCAUGAUGUCCUACCCGCCUGCAUCUGUGUGUGCAGAAGGAACAGAGAGCAUCCAACGCUUCCUUUGCACUGAGCUGGGAGAAGAAUACUGCCCGCCAUCCCAGUAUCUCCUGCCAGUGCUGGAGAGCGACUGUUGCAAACAGAGCUCUGACUGUCUGGACGGCUUGGAGGAAGCCUGGCAGAACAAAUUCAGUGACUAUGAGAAGAGAAAGGUGCAAAAGCAGCAGGAAAAGCUGGCCUUGGAGCGUCACCGGGAGGAAAAGCAAAUGGAGCACACCCAGCUUCUACUCAUGAAUACUUCCCACAAAGAAAACAUCCUCAACUCAGUCCGACAGGAGCAGGAGCGUGUGGAGCUGGGGCUCAGUCAGCAGCAGAGGGCUCAGGAGGCCGAGAGGCUACUGGUGCUGGAGAAGGUCAAGCAAGCUGAAAACAACAUCAGCAGUCGCAUCAGCAGCAUGCUGAUGGACAACAACAGGCAGAAAAAGAGUGCAGAGUUUCUCCAGUCAUUGGAGGAAGAUCGGAUCCGUAUGGAGCAUCUGACUGCCAUCACACAAGAAGAAGCCAAUUCACUGAGGAAGAGGGAAGUGGCAGCGGCCAUGCAGAAGAUGCUGUCAGACGGCUGUGCUAUGAGCCUCCUCCAAGAGGCCAGUGAUUGUCGCAGAAGGAGCCUGGUCUCUGAGGCCUACAGGAGUAUGGAGAAUUUGGACAGGAAGUUUGACAAGAUGCUGUCCCUCCAAGUGUUGGACAAAUCUAAAGCCAUUGCCCACAUCUUACAGGAGGAGGAGAUGCAGAAAGCAGCAUUCCAGGCCCUGCAGCUGCAGAAAGAUGCUGUACAUGGCUACAUCCGUAACCAGAUCAAGCUCAUAGAGGGUGAAUUAAUGCAGCUGACUAAACUGGAGAUUAAAAGACGCAAUCUGGAUGCUGAGAACCUGCAGGAGGUUCUAGUGGAUCAGCGCACAGCCCUCAGUGACCUAUUACAGCAGUUGCUGAAGCAGAGGGACCAGAGAGAGCAGGAGCUGCGGCAGGUUCUGGCGGAGAUGGAACGGAAGUCUGAGUCCAACCAACAGAACUACUGGAUGAUACAGUACCAGAGACUGUUGGAUGCUAAGCCUCUGUCACUACGCAUGCAGGAAGCAGGCGUGGAGAAGGAUUUAGUCAACCUUCUGUGCAGACUGUCGGUGCAGCACUACCUGCCCAUUCUGGCCCAUAAUCGAGUGACGACUGAGGCACUUCGCCACAUGAAGGCCUCUGACCUCAAAAAGCUUGGCAUUAUUGAGGUAGGAAUACAGAAAGCUCUGCUGAACUGGGCCCGGGAACGCCUACCUGAAGCGGGAGCUUGUAAGGCUGUCGAGCUGGAGGAGGAAGCAGAAGCAGCAGCUCCCUCCCCGUCCGCCCCGUCUCUUCCUUCCACCACCUCAAACAUCCAGAUGCCCAGCCCGCCGCUCACCCCAGGGACUCCCGUCACUCCCUCUGCACCCACUCCUGUGGAGGGACCAGGAAGCUCUGAGUGUGUGGUCUGCAUGGAGACUGGGUCUCAGGUCAUCUUCCUGCCAUGCGGUCAUGUAUGCUGUUGUCAGGUCUGCAGCGAGGCGCUGCAGAACUGCCCUCUGUGCCGCAGCAACAUAUCCCAACGCAUACGCCUCUACCACAACUAGAGGCACCACUGUGCUCCUCCUUCACUGACCACUUUCUCUAUUUAUGCAUGAUCAUAAAGCUGCUGUGAGAAAACUUUGUCAUGUAUAAAAAAAAAGCUUAUAGCAGGUUUUUCAAGCGCUGAGCCACUUUCCUGUAUUAACCAAACAGUACUUUGUGAUGUAAAUGCAGCAACAACUUUGAGUAAUAAUCUUUUUAAUCGUGUUGUGUUUCUAGUUGUCUAUAAUGUACAAGCCUGGUUUUUUUUUGUGGUUCUUUUUUUUUUAUUUUUAUCAUUUUAUUUGUAUUAUAUAUUAAGAGCCAAGUGGAUGCCACUACUCACUGGUUGAAGACCAACUGUUCUUUGCCUUAGCAUACCUUCUCAAUUGAUGUGUGCCUUUUUCUGGAAAUCUCUUUUUUUAAACAAUCCAAUUUGUCUUAGUUGUCAUCCAAAAAUCACACAAGUCCAACAUUUAUAUAAGUUAUCAAAAUAUAAUCUAUUGGUUGUUGCUUUUUGCUGCCGUUGUUGGUUGCUAUCACUAAUGCAAUCUCAUGCUGUUGCACUUCAAUCCAUUUCUUAAAUUGUUGUGCCCGCACUGUCCGUGGCUUCUUUCGCUUGCAGUCCAGGUCCGUCUGGGCCUGAUGGCAUCACUUAUCUAGCUUUUAUAUGAGUAAAUUAUAUACCAAUGCAUAUCAAGACCAUUUGGGAGGAAACCAAAUUCUGAAACCAGGUGCUGGACCCCUAUUUUAUUCCUCAGUUUAUCACAGUCUGGUAAUCUGAAACAGAAAGAAAUGUUUUCAUUUGCACCAUGAAAGCACGAUGUCAGUUGAUGUAAUGAACGUCAGAAAGGUGAGCUCCAACAAUUCUUACCUUUGAGUUUUAGCUCUUCUCAGACUCAUGUCGCUUGUAGCUUUUUUAACAGACAAGAUGUAAAAAUCUUUUUCUUUUUUUUUUUUUUUUUUACAGUUAAGCCCUAAUCUCCCAGGUAUACCUCAAACUAUUUGUCUUUAAUAAUGGUCUGGUGUCAUACUGUCAACAAUGAUGCAAAGUUUUGCUUUUAUCAAAUGAUCCUGGAUGGAAAUUCUAAGUGGCAGUGUUGUAAUUUCCAAUUUGACCUGGUGGAGGCAGUGUUGUUCCACUGUUCUAAUGGCUAAACUCAGACUUACUCUCACAGUAGCAUGAUGGAGCUGCAGCUAGUUAUGAGUUUAGCUCAGAGCAACAUUUGCUUUCCUAUUGAAAAGUUUUGAUGACACCAGCUCUGCAGACAAAGUUGUACCUGAGAAAUUAGUUUUUGCACAAAUCUCCAAUCUUAAACCACGUCAUUUAAAAGCUGAAUCGGAGCAUGGCAGUGACAGAGCCAUUCAGAACACAUAUCAGACAAUCACAGCAAUCAAAAUAUGUCCAGUAAGUGUCCCAAGAGAGUUUUAUAUUGACAGAAUCUUAUAGUUCCCUCAUCUGCCUCAGCCCUGCUCCUACUGUGCGUACAGACAAGUUGUUUGUCAGGAAAACGUUGGCCUUUGGCUGCUGGGCCUCGGCUGCAUGAAAAGGAAAGCACGACUUUCAAAGGCUGAUGGAGGAUGUAAAAGACUUCAGUUUGCUUUGAAUCAGAGCCCCCUUGGCUGAAAACCUCACACAAAACCAGUGGAGAUGGGUGUGCUUUGUGCAACAUCCAGGCUGCAGUAACCCCUGUCAUGAAACUGAUCAGUGAUUACUGUGCUGACUGAUUUUAGAUUGGUAGGUGUACGAGAACUUUCAGAAGGUUGUGUGAAAGAUAAGACAGUAGAUACAUGAAAUAAUGCAUGUAAAAUGUUUUAAAAGGAUUCUAACAUCUGCAACUAACUGGGAAGUUUCAUAAAUGAUGAGCAUAUUUUUGUGUAUUUGUUGUUGUUCAUACUAUGCACUGUGCGUUUGAUUGUUUGAGAUGUUAUUUAGUGGCAUUAUGGGAAAUAUAGCGGUUUUUAGAACUUGACUCAUAUGAGGGACUAAAGGUAACAAUAUCUGCUGCCACUAUUUAGACACUUUUCUCGUUUCCUUGUGACUCCAUCUUUAUGAAAGUGCAAUACUAAAUUGGUGAAGUAGCUCUUUGAACUCCACAAAGAGCCUAUUUCAGGUUUGAUAACAAAGCAGGACCCACAUUAUUCUGUCAUUACAGCAAACAUUGUGCUUUAGUGGUGCACGAAUUCCUUCAUCUCUAGACGAAAUCACAACUAGUCAGAUGACCACAAGCUAUUUGCUAGAUGGUCCCACUAGGGGUCCCUGGAUGAUGGUCCAGCCUUGAACAUCUCCUGAGUCUCUUGUCCACUUGUUUCUGACAUAUCAUUAGAUCCCACUCUCUUUGAGUUGCUGUAUACUGUACGUUAUAUAUGUGUGACCUAACAACACAUCACCUGUCUGUAGCAUUACUAAUGCUGUUCUAGUCUACCAAGUGCUCUUAACUUUUCAGCAUGUUUCAGGAAAUAUCUUUACUAACUGUAAACGAGGCAGUUCGACGACGUGUGUAAGAGAUUUCACUUCACUGUAAAGCUGACAUCUCAUGUCAUCAGAUUAAAUGAGAUAAAAUACA